AUGAGAAUGGUCAAAAUGAAUAAUCACAAAAAUGAAGAGACAGGCAAAAGUGAUGCGGUCAAUCAAUUUGUAGCCCCAGUGAAAAAAAACGGGGAUAUAUCUCCCAAGAAAGACGAAUUAAAAAAAGCAGAACCAAAAGUAAACCUUCUAGGUAAUUUUAAAAAUAGAAAUAAAUUGUUCAUUUCGAAAGAGAAAUUAGCGAAAAUUUCUGAUUCGUCAGAUGGAGAGAACGCAAGAAGUGAAGAGCACUAUGGAAGGGAUAAUGAAAAAGAUAAUGAAAGCAAUAAUGAAAAAGAUAAUGAAAGUGCUAAUGAGAGAGAUAAAAAGGGUUACAUAGUAGGCUAUGAAAGCAGCGACAGAAGCAGCUACCAAAAGGGUUUCCAAAAGAAUGAGCAAAACAGCGAUGCUACAAGUGGAGGAAAAAGAGACUGUAAGAAAAAUAGAAAGAAAAAUGGAGAUGAUAUAAAAAUAUUAGUAACAAGUGAGGAACCUUUGCACACACUGCCAUCGGGAGCCGUAGGAAGAAGAGCACCACUAAAUCCAUUUUCUUCUCCAAUCCUUGGAAAGUAUAGAAGAAAAAAUAAGAAUGCAAAGGUAAAAGUAAAAGAUCCACGACUGAAUAAUAAUCCAUUGAUAGGAAGAUUAGUUGUAUGUAUAUCAACAACUUCUAUUCUGUUUUGGGUAUUUUUUGCAGAAAUGAUAUUCAACUAUAACACAUUUAAUGGGAGGUGUAUAUCCAAAGUGUUAUAUCCGAUAUAUACCGAAUCUGUAGUAGAGAAAAGAGAACCAUUUUAUGUGUUUCUUGGAUAUGGUGCUUGUGAAUAUAAUUUAGAAGAAACAGCAGCUGGUAGAUAUUUUAUUGGAAGCAAAGCAUCGGAUAAAGGUUGGCCUUCAAAUAAAGUUGAACAUAACUCAGAUGCAAGAGGAGAAUCUAGUUGGGAUAGUGUAAACUCACGUGUAUACAACCAAUUAGGAGGAUUAAACACAAAUUAUAUUAGAAAUUAUGGAGAAUUGUAUCGAUUAUUUUGGUCUAUCUAUUUACAUGGUGGAUUUAUGCAUAUUAUAUUUAAUGUCAUAUGUCAAAUUCAAAUUCUUUGGAUGAUAGAACCAGAUUGGGGAUUCAUUAGAACUUUAUUAUUAUUUUUCAUAUCUGGAGUAACUGGUAACUUACUCUCAGCUGUUUGUGAUCCAUGUGGUGUAACAAUUGGUUCUUCUGGUUCUUUAUAUGGAUUAAUAGGUGCAUUAUUUACCUAUUAUAUAGAAUAUUGGAAAACAAUUCCUAGGCCUUGUUGUGUUUUAAUUUUCAUGAUUCUAGUUAUAAUAUUUGGUAUAUUUGUUGGCAUGUUUGGAUAUACCGAUAAUUAUGCACAUAUGGGUGGUUGCCUUGGUGGUAUAUUAUAUGGUUUUGCUACUAUUACAACUGUAUCUGCUGCAGACAAAUGCACGCUGGGAGAGCGUAUGUUGACAUCUCCUCCCUUUUCUUGGUUCCUUUCAAAUGAAACAAAAGAAUUAAUUCAUGCCAAAGCAAAGGAGAAGAAAAUAAAAGGAGAAAUUUAUCGUAAGAAACAGAUAGCAAAUAAAGUGCACAAACAAAAUGCUUUUCAUACUAUUAUGUCUCUAAUGAAAAAUCGAAUUAAUGAAGAAGGGAGACCACCAUGUAGAAUGAAACUACGAGAGUGGAUCGUCCGAAUUACUGCUGCUUCUGCUUUAAUUAUUCUUUGGAUUGUAUUGUUUAUAUAUCUACUGAAUGAAAGUGCAUACAAAUCAUAUAAACCUAUGGGGCAGAUCAAAUUUUCAGGUGUUCACACCUGUUUCUGCUGUGAGGUCAACAAGCAAAGAUUCCCCUUCAUAAGUACGGGUAGUUUUUAUUGGUGUUUCACGAAUGAGGCCGCGUCCGAUUAUUACUGCAAGCCGUGA